UUAGACAUGGGGCUAUGCGGUUGCAUGUGCCGAGUUUGCCUGUGUCUCCUGGCUCUUCCGUUGCUUCUGAUUUGCAGCGUUUGUAUUCCUGAAGUUGAACUCGCAUACAUCCGCUUUGUGGAGACAUAUACAAUUGGUGUUCCUCCAUUGCGUUUGCUACUCUUGAUUCUGGGACAAGUGCCGCGUAUUUGGGAGCAUGGCCCUCUCGGAGUCGGUCCUGUUUGGAAUCCUCGUUUGAUUUAUGCUGUCGAUGGAUACAAGACGGGGGGGCUCCUACCUUUUCCCAAUCCGGAGAACUUCACCCGUGGCUACAUGCUGGCGCGCGUCAGCUAUGAGAAGGUCAGAGCGGUUCAUCACAAUCCGCACCUGAAGCGAGAUGGGAAACGUUUUAUCGGCGUCGAAACUGCCAAGGUGCCUAAAGGCUACUUCUCAGAAGGAGUGCUGCCAACACUUUUGCAGAUGAAUACAGACGAUCCGCUGCGAUAUGCGCAUAGAGAUCUGCUGUCAGCUGCAAUGCCUUCUAUCGCUCAACACUUCGAGCCUCCUGAGUUUAAGCCUCUUCCGGACAUAUCUCCCAUAGAUUUAGUGCAAGACAUUUCCUGGCAUUUGAAGAUCCCGUUCCCAAAGGUUGUUAGCACUAUGGUCCAGAACAUCUUCGCUUACACUUUCUUCCGGCAUGCAUUUGGUGUGGAGCUUUCGAAUGAUGAGCUUCCACUUCUGCGAGAAUGGCUCGGCGUACCUGGGAAACUUUUUCUUGGAAUUGUCUCAGAAGCUGGUGGCAAGCACUGUCAAGGACUUGCAAAGGUGUUCGAGGACAAGGUGGCAGCCAGUGAAUGGGGCAGGCAAUUCAUGGAAGAAGCUGAAAGCAGAGGCUUGAAUGGCAUCGAGCGAUUGCGGAAAACUGUCUUCGAGUUCAGCUUUGCUGGAUUUGGUGGAGAUGGCCCGGGAGGUGCUCUUGCGACGAUGAAGAUGCUUAGGUUCAUCCAGAAGUCACCUGAGAAGUACGUCCCUCUAUUUAAAAAAGAUCCUGAAGCUUUUGUGCUAGAGGUGAUUCGAACUCAAGGUGGUGGCGGAGCAGGAGUGAAUCCCUGGGUAGUGGAGAAGACCCAGAGUUACAAACUAGGCACAGGAAAUGUGCUCACUGAAUAUGCCGGUCACUAUGGUGCGACCAUUGCUUUACAUGCGAAUCAUGAUCCCUCCGUUUUUGGCGGUCCAUCUGCAGAUCAACAGUAUGCUAUGACCUUCAUUCCUGGACGUGAAAAUGCGGAUAGAAUGCUGACAUUUGUAGGAGAAUUGAGAGAAAUUCGAAAAUGUCCAAAUGUAACAGGCUGCGAUGCUGCGCCACGCUUCUGCCUUGGCACCUUCAUGCUGCAACGCAUCAUGAAGCAGAUUGGUUUCUACUACAUCCAGGGCCUAGAAGAUCAGUUGGGACGCCGGGAGCACGAGGAGAUGUAGGGUCAACGGAGUCAACGGCCACGUGAUGUUCUUUUCAGCAUGUGACUAUUGGUUUGCGGCCUCGACAGUUUCCAACGGUUUCGAGAGAGCUGUUCAGCCAUCGCUGUUGCCACUUAGCCGUUGAGUUUGUAUUGUUUGCAUCGGUUUGAAGCGUGAAAAAAAUGCGGACGUGGAUGAGUUUGAGAACCAC